GUAUACAGUAAACAGUAGUUGGCUGACUCAUUUAGACCCGUGUCAACCUAAUUGCAACUGUCUGGGUCAUACAAUCAUUACCAAUAAUAUUAUCGAAACUGAAAUUUGUACGAAGAUGAAACAGACAGUUGAGAUGGAUGCAUGGUAAUGACAAAGUACCGAAACAGCGUAAUUAUUUACAAAACCUGCAAGGAUGAACGCUAUUCGACUUGUGUAUAAUGUGUACACGUAGAUUCUUGUUGCAUUUGCGUCUGAUUCACUGAAAGCUAUAGCCACAAGUAGAGUCAACACGAAGCAUCAUCUCGUCUGCAAGACAACACCUGGUUUAUACGAACACCUUCUCGGAGAUGUCUUAAUUGCUUAAGACCAUGAAAUGCUGUUUGUUAAGACGUCGUAUUGGAAAGCAAGGUAGGCGAACUUGUUACUUCAUCGAUCAGAGAAGAUAGUAAGAUGAAAAUCAAAACCAGAAAUUGGACGACACUCCUCUAGCUCAAGGAUGAAACGGAGUGAUAUUAUUUCAUCCCCGUCAACAACGAUUUAGAAAACUGCAAGAAGGGGACCUUCCUCGCGGAUGACUGUGAAUAUAUACAAGAAGCGGGACUCCUUAUGGAUGAUGGUGAACUUGAGGAGUUUUUUUUUAAAGUGUUGAAAGUUUGAUUUUGGGGUUUCGACGAGUCAUGUGAGCUUUACACAAAGAUAUCAUCAGUCUUUGUGAUUGAGGAAAAACAACCAUUGUUUAUCUGCUGGAAUGGUUUGACGUCAGUGACUGAGUUGUAACCAAUAACCACCUUUUAUUAGCUCAUCCAGUUGGGCCGACGAAACUGUAGAGGUGCUACCUCAGCUUUGUCUAGCUAGCACAACUUUAAAAAAAAAUUAUGAGUGGAUAACAUUCAGGAAAAACACAUUAUUACAAGGUUUUAAAGUCUGCCAACAAAACACAAGCGACUGCUUUUUUUUAAAGCUGAAAAGGCACUGCGACUACCUAAUUUAAGAUUUGACAAUGAAUAGAGCGGGCUUCAGCUAUCUAUAGACAUGGCAACAGGCGCAUAUCUGUCACAGAAACUAUCUAUAUCUUGUCGAAGACCGAGGAUGGCUGGACAUUUCGUACGGAUGUUUGGGAGAGUCGCGCCGUCCCCACCGUUCAGGAGCCCGCGAGACUUGUCGUCGAUUUCACGGUAUCUCUUUCUCGCAGUUCUACACAUCGCAGUGUUCUGUUUCCAUGCAACCGAAGCACGUUACGAAUGUCAGAGUGUGCCGUGUCAGAAUGGUGGAACGUGCUUAGACGGAGAUUACGGAUUCUACACAUGUUUGUGUCCGGCUAACUUCAAUGGAUUCAACUGUGAAUUAGUAUUAUUGACGACUGGAUGUGGGCAGACUUUCACCGAACCCACCGGUAUCAUUACCAGCCCAAACUACCCUGGAAACUACACAAGUAGACAACAGUGUGUGUACUACAUUCGUGUCCACGGAGCAACAGAGAUCUCUCUGACAAUCACAAACUUUAAGUUGGAGGAAGAGAAGGAUAUCCUGGGCAUAGGAGCGGGGUACGAGGCCAUCGACACGUUUGUGGGCGCCUUAACCGGAGAUCUCACCGCCCAGCUACCGAGGACCACCAUUUAUCAGUCCGGUGGCGUGUGGAUUUACUUUGCCACAGAUAGGAAUAUAGAAGAUAGUGGAUUCAGGAUUGAGUAUGGCGCCGAUGGCAACGACUGCUACAACGAUCCUUGCCUCAACGGAGCGACUUGUAUCGAUGGACUGCGCUCCUUCACAUGCACGUGCCCUCCUGGUUUCCUUGGGAUGCUGUGUGAUACAAAUUUUGAUGAAUGUAGCAGCGCUCCUUGUUUGAAUGGAGCCGCCUGUACGGAUGGAGAUAAUAUGUUCACCUGCCAGUGUACCAUGGGUUGGGUCGGUACACUCUGCGACGUCAAUGACGACGAUUGCCGUAGUAACCCAUGCCUAAACGGGGCUACAUGCUUAGAUGAACUGAAUGCGUAUACGUGCUUAUGCCUCCCUGGCUACAAUGGGGAUAUCUGUCAGAAUGAUAUUAAUGAGUGUGGAAGUGGUCCAUGUAGGAAUGGUGGAACGUGCACGGACAAAGUCAACAGUUUCACAUGUGCCUGCCUGGAUGGAUAUGAAGGGUUAACCUGUGAAAUAAAUAUUAAUGAAUGUGCCUCACAACCGUGUCAAAGCGGUGGAUUUUGCAUCGAUCGAGUAAACAGUUUUGACUGUACAUGUGCCCCAGGAUACACCGGAACAGUCUGUGAAAUCAAUAUUGAUGAGUGUUCCAGUAACCCAUGUCGUAAUGGAGGACUUUGCGCUGACAGGGUGAACAGAUUUGAAUGUACCUGCACGCCUGGCUGGACCGGAGAUGUUUGUGACGUCAAUUUUGUGGAAUGCUUCAGCAGUCCCUGCAAUAAUGGAGGUACCUGUAUUGACGCGUUGAAUUCAUUUGUGUGUAACUGUCGUACAGGGUACACUGGUAUUACGUGUGAACUCAACAUCGAUGACUGUAUAUCUGCUCCGUGCCAGAACGGUGGAAUUUGCACCGACGCCGUGAAUAGUUACUCCUGUAACUGUGCUCCAGGCUUCAAUGGAGACCAGUGCCAAUUAAAUAUCAACGAAUGUGCCAGUAACCCAUGUAGUAAUGGCGGUACUUGCAUUGACGGUGUGAAUAGUUUUAACUGCCAGUGCCCCAUGGGGCUCACCGGAAACCGCUGCCAAUUUGAUGUUGAUGAGUGUGCCAGCAAUCCAUGCUUAAACGGUGCCCUUUGCAGUGAUCAGAUCAAUGGAUAUGCAUGUUCUUGUACUCGCGGCUUCACUGGUAUUUUUUGUGAGAUUGAUAUAAAUGAGUGUGACAGCACGCCUUGUCAAAACGGAGCCGCUUGCAACAACCUCCCCAAUAGUUACACAUGUGUUUGUGUUGUUGGAUUUACAGGAGCCCAGUGCCAAACAGACAUAAAUGAAUGCAGCAGUAUACCGUGUCAGAACGGUGGAUUCUGUAACGAUCGUGUGAAUGGCUUUGAAUGUAGCUGCCUCUCUGGUUACACCGGAAGCACCUGUCAGUUUGAAAUCAAUGAGUGUAACAGCAGCCCAUGUGUGAAUGGAGCUUGCGAUGAUAGAGUCAAUGGCUUCUUCUGCACAUGUUUGCCUGGGUGGACAGGAACACGCUGUGAUAUAGGUAUCAACGAGUGCCAGUCGAUUCCCUGUCAGAAUGGUGCCACUUGCGUCGACUCUCUCAACUCUUACCGGUGUGACUGUCGGCCAGGCUGGACGGGGCUGCAGUGCAGGGAGAACAUCAACGAGUGUGGAAGCACCCCCUGUCAAAAUGGAGGCAUUUGCUUCGAUCUUCAGAAUAUGUACCGUUGCGACUGCCUGCCCGGGUGGACUGGACCCGACUGUUCUGAAAAUGUGAAUGACUGCGCAAGUAUCCCUUGCUUGAAUGGUGCUACGUGUACAGACAUCACGAAUGGCUAUGCGUGUACUUGUGCACCUGGUUGGAUUGGAAACAACUGCGAACGAGAUGUUAAUGAGUGUGCCAGUAGCCCUUGUCUGAACUUCGGACAAUGUUUGAACCAAGUGGACAUGUACGUCUGCCAAUGUCAGUCUGGUUUUACAGGCAUCCACUGUGAGACAGAUACCGAUGAGUGUGCCAGUGUGCCAUGUCUCAACGGAGGUCUAUGCACGGACUUGAGGAAUGCUUACGUCUGCGAUUGUGACCCAGGAUACAGUGGAGUAACUUGUCAAAUCAAUAACGACGAAUGCAGUAGUUUCCCGUGUCGUCAGGGUGGCACCUGCGUGGACCUUAUCAACGGCUUCCGUUGUCUCUGCGCUCCGGGCUUCACAGGCUUCGACUGUUCCAGUAACUUCAACGAGUGUUCCAACCAGCCGUGUCUCAAUGGAGAGUGUGUAGAUGGAAUCAAUCAAUAUUACUGCAACUGCAACGCUGGAUUUACUGGAACCAACUGUGAAAUUGAUAUCCAGGAAUGUUCAAGUGGACCUUGCUUCAAUGGAGGUACAUGUCGGGACGGAAUAAACGCUUAUAACUGCCAGUGUGACGCUGGCUACACUGGCCCAAAUUGUGGAAUUGAUAUUAACGAGUGUGCAAGUACUCCGUGCUUCAACAAUGCGCCGUGUACCAAUGAAAUUAAUGGCUACAGCUGCACGUGUUUACCAGGAUACGCAGGACCAGACUGCAGAUUCAAUCGUGAUGAGUGUCAGAGUCAACCAUGUCAAAAUGGCGGAACAUGUAGAGAUGGAAAUAACAUUUACUUUUGUCAAUGUACAUCAGAAUGGCUCGGCAACAACUGCGAAAUACAGAACGACGACUGUGUAAAUCAACCCUGUAAGAACGGUGGAACCUGUAUAGAUCAGCUUGGUGCAUUUGACUGUCGGUGCCAGACAGGGUGGACCGGACCAACAUGCGAACAGGAUGUGGAUGAGUGUGCAAGUAACCCUUGCUUCAACGGAGCUACAUGUACUCAUGGAACCAACAGCUUCUUCUGCCGUUGUGCUCCUGGCUACAUCGGCGCAGUGUGCAAUGAAGAUUCGGUGGAAUGCAUGAGUGACCCUUGCCGUAACGGUGGGACGUGCUUCGAAGGGGACAACGCAUACUUCUGUCAAUGUGCACCGGGUUACAUCGGUAGCAACUGUGAACUGGAUAAAAACGAGUGCGAGAGUGAUCCUUGUAAGAACGGUGCCUUGUGCCAGAAUUUCAUCAAUCUUUACAACUGUGUCUGUGCUGCUGGCUUCACUGGGGUCACAUGCGAACAAGAUAUUGAUGAAUGCUUCAGCGACCCAUGUAAGAACGGUGGUGAAUGCAUCAAUGAGGUGAACUUCUACACUUGCCGCUGCACCCCGGGAUGGUCCGCCACUAAUUGCGAUGUCGAUAUUGACGAAUGCCUAAGUAAUCCGUGUUUAAACGGCGGUCUAUGUAGUAAUGGAGAGAGUCGUUAUACUUGUACCUGUCUGGCAGGAUGGACCGGAGCCCGCUGUGAUGUUGAAAUUGAUGAGUGUUCCAAUUCACCGUGUCGUAACGGAGGAACAUGUACUGAUUUAGUCAAUGGGUAUUCAUGUAGUUGUCGUGCUGGGUUCACCGGUCCCACAUGCGAGGGAGAUGUGGAUGAGUGUGUAUCCCAGCCUUGCCUUAACGGAGCCACCUGUUUGAAUGACAUUAAUCUGUUUCAGUGUCAGUGUGCGUCGGGUUGGACCGGAGACACAUGUCAAAUAGAUAUCAAUGAAUGUGCCAGUAACCCCUGUUUGAAUGCUGCUGCGUGUACCAACCAAGUCAAUGGAUUUCAAUGCACCUGUGAGGCGGGUUACCAGGGAGUGAGAUGUGAAGCUGACAUCAACGAGUGUGCCAGCAACCCUUGCCGCAACGGUGCCCUCUGCGUUAAUCAGAUCAACAUGUUCAUGUGUCAGUGUGGACCCGGGUGGACGGGUACGACUUGCGAGAUGGAGCUCGAUGAAUGCGCAAGUGAUCCGUGCUCCAACAGCGGCGUGUGCGUUAAUGCAGUCAACAGGUACAUAUGUGACUGCGCUCCCGGAUACUACGGAACUAACUGUCAAAAUGAAUACAACGAGUGCAUUUCUAACCCAUGCGUUAACGGCGCAACGUGUCGUGAUAACGUAAACUCCUUCAUCUGUGACUGUGCUGCAGGGUAUGACGGAUCCAGAUGUGAAAUCCCUAUUUUUGAGUGUGCCAGCAGCCCCUGUGAGAAUGGUGCUACAUGUACCGACGGUAUCAACAUGUACACUUGUGCAUGUGUGUCUGGAUUCACGGGCAUCCACUGCGAGAUCAAUGUUGACGAGUGUGCCAGCAACCCCUGCGCUAAUGAUGGUGUCUGUGUGGAUCAGAUCAACAGAUAUGUUUGUGCAUGUACACCUGGAUGGACGGGAGUCCAGUGCUUAACGAACAUUAAUGAGUGUGCAAGUAACCCAUGCGUGAAUGGAGGCGUCUGCAAUGAUAUCGUCAACGGUUAUGAGUGUAGUUGUACAACAGGCUGGGAAGGAGCCAAUUGCAACAUAGAUAUCGAUGAAUGUGCAAGCUCACCGUGUCAGAAUGAAGCCAUAUGCAGUAAUGGGCGAAACAUAUACCUGUGUGUCUGCCAGCCUGGAUACACUGGAGCUAACUGUGACAUUGAUAUCAACGAGUGUGGAAGUUUCCCGUGUCAAAAUGGCGCCACUUGCCUGGACGGAGUCAACAAUUAUGAGUGUCUUUGCACCGUUGGGUACGAUGGCUACAACUGUCAAUUUGAUAUUAACGAGUGUGGGUCCAACCCCUGUAUCAAUGGUAACUGCAAUAAUCUGAUUAGUCUAUACACCUGCACAUGUUCUGCCGGAUGGACUGGUGAUAACUGCGCUGAUGAUAUUGAUGAGUGUGCAAGCAAUCCUUGCAUGAACGGCGCUACAUGCACCAACCUGGAGAGCAGCUAUCGCUGUGAGUGCGCUCCUGGAUGGACUGGAUUGAUGUGUAACAUAGAUAUUGAUGAGUGUGCUUCAGCGCCUUGCCUUAAUGGCGGUGCCUGCUCUAACCUGGAGAAUCUGUACGAGUGUGUCUGCCUCAACGGCUUCAUGGGACUCAAAUGUGAAAUAAAUCUGGAUGAAUGUGACAGUAACCCGUGUCUCAAUGGAGGUCUAUGCUUCAAUGAAAACAACGCCUUCGUCUGCACAUGUCAGGCUGGAUAUACUGGAACAAACUGUGAAAGAGAAAUUGUUGAGUGUGAUCAGAACCCAUGUAAGUUUGGAUCGACCUGCAUCGAUCAGGUGAACUCCUACACCUGCGUCUGUGCCAGCGGAUACACCGGCUCAACCUGCGACUUCAACAUCAACGAGUGCGCCAGUAACCCGUGUGAAAACAGCGGAGUGUGUAACGAUGAAAUCAACGGGUUUAACUGCGUCUGCCCGGAUGGGUACAUUGGGCAGUUUUGCCAGAUUGAUGUGAACGAAUGUGAGAAUAAACCCUGCCAGAAUCAAGGAACGUGUACGGAUAACUUUGGGACAGCAGGCUACAUGUGUUACUGUCACCCUGGAUUCACUGGUAUCCACUGUGAAGAAAACAUCAAUGAGUGUGUGUCUAGCCCUUGCCUGAACGGAGCUAUCUGUUAUGAUGGAAUCAAUGAAUACACCUGUGCCUGCCCGACAGGAUGGACGGGAACUAAUUGUGAAACAGCUAUCGGAUGCAGGAACAAUUUUACCAUCCCGCUGAAUGGCAAAGUUGAAAUCCACACUCCGGACUAUCCCAGUAACUACGGUAACUACGAGGAGUGUCGCUGGUUCAUCCACGGCACCCCAGGCCGCACAAUGACUGUCCAAUUCAUGGACUUCAUCACAGAGAACCGCUACGACAAACUCAAGAUUGGAACCGGCGAUAACAUCUUUGACGAGGGUACCGUUCAGGUGGAAGCAUCCGGGAACGUCUUGCCGACUGGAUUCGAUACGCCCAGCAAUCUACUCUGGGUUACGUUCUUCUCGGACGGUGAGAAGACGGAGAGAGGCUUCUCUAUUGAAAUUCUGGAUGAGGGCUACACAGACGUGUUACCAUGCGACAGGGAACCAUGCAUCAACGGCGGUACAUGCAGUAAUGAGCAGAAUGGACGAUUUAUAUGUAUGUGUACUCCGAUGUGGACCGGUACCAACUGCCAUACGCCAACAGAUAUCAAUAAGUGUGGUAACAACCCGUGUCGUAACGGUGCGGAGUGCUCCAAUGUAGGGACUGAUUACACAUGUGACUGUCCAGCCGGAUUCACUGGCAAGGAUUGUGAAACAAAUAUCAAUGAGUGUGAGGGUAUGCCGUGUCUGUUUGGAGGAACUUGCGUCAACCUGGUGGGAUUCUACACUUGCAUCUGCCCACCGGGACAUUCUGGGGACAUCUGCCAAAAUGUUCCACAGGCAGAUUCCUGUGACAUAGACUACUGUAUGGGACGCGGUAUGUGUACGUACUUCAACGAUACAUACAACUGUGCAUGUGAGGAUGGCUACGGUGGCACAUACUGUGAGAUCGAUUACAACCCAUGCCGUCGUGCCCCGUGUCUGAACAGAGGAGUGUGUUUCAAUCUACCAGAGGGAGGAUGGAACGGCUACACCUGCAAAUGCGCCAACGGGUUCAUUGGAGCUCGCUGCGAUAUUCAAGAGUCAUCCAACUGUAUCUAUGCCAACCCCUGUGCAGCGGGCGCAACCUGUACCCAUUCUAAGGGAGAGUACACAUGUACAUGUCCACCAGGAUAUGACGGCAAAUUCUGCCAAAACAAUAUUGACGAAUGUGCAGCCGUUACAAACCCCUGUAACACCAAUGGAGUCUGCGUAGACAGGGUCGACAGCUACACAUGCGCAUGCAGGAGCGGGUUCACUGGAGCACUCUGCCAAACUGACAUUGAUGAGUGUGGUAGAAAGCCAUGCUUUAACGAGGGUAAAUGUACCAAUGGUAAAAACACCUUCUUCUGCCAGUGUGCGAAUGGUUUCUCCGGUGAUGACUGUAGUGUUUCAGCUGGAGCAGUGGAUACAGGACCUCAGUAUACCUGGAUGGGUAAUGAGAUCAUGUUAUCUCCGUGGGUCAUUGCCAUCAUCGUAGCCCUGGGCAUCUUCAUCAUCUUCUUGGUUCUCCUUCUCAUCAUCAGAGGUCGUCAUCAAUAUGGUGGAUAUGACGCAGAGAGGGCCGCCAACGAGCGCAAGAGAGGACUUCCAAAUACCCAGCUUGAUGAUCAGAUUCCGGUCCUCGCUGAAGACGCAGCAGCGGAACAACCUCUUGCUAGAGAGAAUGAUUAUGGGUUCAUCCCACCACCUGGCAAUGCAUCUACCGUGGCCGAAAUCAACAGCUACGAGAACCCCUGGCCGCAGAGCACUGAAGAUUUCUCCAUGGAUAAGAUACAAAAAACUCAUUUGUGAUCGACGUUCAUGAGAUCUGGAGAUGUUCUUGCCAAAGAAAAAAAAAAAAAACUAACCCACCCAACACCUCAAAGUUCUUUACUUCAUAAAAUCCUGGAGGCAUCUCUUGUUGUAGUGUACAUCACCUCUGAUAAAAAAAAAAAGAAAUUUGCAAAUACGUCUUGUUUUUAAAGUUUUAACGGAUAUGUGUUUUCGAAAAAGAUGACUUCUGCGCCUGUGAAAUCUUCAUCAUAAUGAAUGCUUUUACCAAAUCAAGAUGCAGAUUGAAGACUUUCUUCUCACUUGUUAUGGUCACACCGUCACACCAAAAUUGUUUUGCAUGAAAAUGUGUAAGUUGAUUAAAUUU